AUCACAUGCAGAUUACUUUCGAGUUCCUGUUUCCACGAAUCGUCACAUGCAUGCAAUAAAUUAAACAUGCAUAUAUUACUACCACAAUAUCGUUGAUAAUUUCUACUUGUUACUGUCACGAUUGAGGCUACGUUUGAUUCAUUUAUCUCAUUUUCACUUGCAAUGAUUAUAUACAUGAGUAUUAUAUGCAUUUAUGGUGCUCAAUACCAGUUUUACUUAAUCGUAUAGAAGCAGGAACUAGAUAAGAGAAGUAUGAUUUGGGAUUCCGGGAAGCACUGAGCUUGAGGAAGCACUGAGGUGUUAAAGAAAAUGAUUAUAUAAUUGUUUGAACCACACACACUUCCACACUCAGCAUUUUUUUUGCAUGAAGACAAAAUCAACCUCGUACAAAAUAUGAUAUUCUGAAUACGCCAAGACGCGUAUUUUAUAACACCGCGAGUGCAGUGAUGUAAAGAGGAAUUCUUAACUUACGAUCACAACGAUUUUGACAAUGACGACUGGAAUACAAAGUUGCUUGCUUUUGUGGGUGAAUCUAUACUUGGUGCAUUUCUCGAAGAUCGAAGCUAACUGCGCAGGAAAUGGUUUGAUGAACAACUGUGCUUGUAAUUUUAUUGGUGCCUGUACAUAUGACGUCAGUAAAAAUACAUUCAAUGCCCGUCCUGGUUUAGCAGGAAAUCUGAGAAAGUACAUCCCGGACGUUACACCUUUAGGUACACCACAAACUACUGAAAUUUGUGAGCCUGGGAACUUUGGUAUUAUAUACGAUUGUAAUAAUCGCAUCCCACUUGCCGCUACAAUUGUUAUGACUGCUGAUCAGUAUAAUGACCCUGCAUACAAACGACCUUCGAAUAAAUUUAGGCAAAGCUCCGAAAUGGCAGACCCAUCUUUUCAACAAAAUGAUGAUGAUUAUAAAGACGCACUAAACCGCAAGCUAUGCUACGAAUCACUAACUAACAAAGUGUAUUACAUUGAAAGUAAUUGGUACAGAGCUGAAAAUAAGAUAUCACUUGGGUUAUUUACGGUAUGUCCAAACACUGGACCACAAGAUGAUCUUAAAACCCGUGUUCACAGAGGUCACUUGAUUGCUGCCAAUUAUGGUCGCGGUACACCUAAUUUGAUAAGAAGUCAACAAACGUUCGUAUAUACAAACGCAGUUCCACAAUUUGGCGUUCUAAAUUCGGGAUCAUGGCAGAAACACGAAUCAAUGCUGAUUGAAUGGGCAAAAAGCAACUGUGGAAGUUCUCCUUUGCACGUCAUUGUCGGCAGUAUACCAUCAACAUAUGGGAAAAACGAGCAAAGGUUCUUUGGUGGAUCAGGGUUCAGUGAUUUUAUUGGACCUUCAAAUACACCAGGAGGAAACGGGUAUAGGGUUAAUGUGCCAUCGUACUUGUGGACAGCGGCGUGUUGUCAUUCACCAUCAAAUACUUUCACCAAAAGCACCACAUUCUUUGCUGAAAACCUACCCACAGGAUUUUCUCAACAAAGUGUCGAAUUGAGUAAAUUGUUUUCAGCUAUGGAAGCUUAUCCUAUAAAUCUUUUCCCUGGGAUGCCAAGUUGUAACGAUGAUAAAAAUUUUGUUUCGUUGUGAUGAAAUAGCUUGUUUUUUUGUUCAGUUUGAUUUUGUAAGUUCUGGCGAUAUACCCUGUUAAAAUUACCAAUAAGAUAAAAAAGCAUAACAGAAACUAAUUUGGGAAUUUUCGGUUGUUAUUGGUUUUUCAUGUUUAUAUGGUUAUAAAUUAACAAGAAUAGGGGAGAUAUUGAAUCUGAAAAGUCCAUAUUAUGGGCGCAAAUGCAUUUUGAAGAUAAGACGUUGAUUACAUUAAGGUCCGGUCACACGAUCCAAUUCACUUCUGAUGGAUGUUUAACAGUUUGUUCACUCCGUUCGACUUGCAAUGUACAUAUUUGUGGACAGCGAAUCAACCCAAUGCAGUUCUACUGCUUUAUCAAAUAACACCACAUUCCAUACGUCAGAAGUCAAUUGAAUCCGACAAAGUUGGAUCGUGUGAAAUUUUGAACGGUAGGAAUAGAGAUUUUGAACGGUCGGAAUUCACCAGUUUCACCCAGACCCUUUACAUUCCAGCGUAAAUUUGACAAGUACCUUACCUAUUUUUUGAAGUUGAAUGAUGAUAUCCAUGUGUUAACAUUCACUUUGAACCGACUAUAACGCUUGGGUCGAGUGGACGACUUCUGCAGUCGUAUCACUCCCAACAUAAGGGUUAGGUAUAGUUUAGUGCGAGGCUAAUAGUAAUAAUUAUGUAUUUGUAUUAAUUAUACAUCGAACAUUUGAAUCGUGAAGUAAA